AUGGUGCGGGCUAUGCUUGCUCCAUUUGUACCUUCAUGGAUCUCUCAAAGCAUUCCUGCUACAAUCAAUAUCCAUCAUCUUUACUACGUUUUCAUGUGUAUGGUCGUAGUUUUCUGCACAAAUGCAAUCAAUAUUUUGGCAGGUGUAAAUGGUCUCGAAAGCGGGCAAGCUGUGGUGAUAGGUGCAAGCGUUGUACUUUUCAACUUGAUACAGGUUACGCGUGUAGAAGAACAGUAUUGGGACCAUUUGUUGUCGCUCUACUUUCUGAUACCCUUCUUAACGUGUGCAUUGGCUCUCUAUCAAUUCAAUAAAUAUCCAGCACGAGUUUUUGUUGGUGAUACAUUUUGUUAUUGGGCAGGAAUGACUCUAGUCGUCGUAUCAAUUCUUGGUCAUUUUAGCAAGACCAUGAUACUGUUCCUUAUUCCACAGGUUGGCAUGAGUAUGGCUGAGUUCAAAGAAUCGAAUCUCAAAUUUCUCGGAAAUUUUACUCUCAAACUGUUCUCCGCGUUUGGUCUACUUCACAGCAGAAGCUUUGAUAGAGAUGGGAUGAGGCAAGUGCUCGUUAUUUUUCUUCGAGAGAUGUUCGACUUUCUCACUAAAUAG